AUGGAUCGCAAUCGAGAGAACGCCAAUGUCGAGACACCGAUCGACGUGAGCACGGAGAUCGAGAAGGUGGUCGCUGCUGCUGAAAGAAGGAGCGUCGACGGUUGCCGAGAGGGACGAGACGCAGCGCAAAGGAGGUACGAAGAGGAGAAGGAGGAAGAGGAACCGGCUAUACGGCGAGAACGAAUCGGUGUCGCCAGCACGCGAAAUCCUCUGUCGAAAUUCUCGACGUGCGGAGCUCGGGAGAUCGGUCGAAAGGUUCGAGUCGCCACCAUGCCGGAGAGACGGAAGAGGGAUAGACGAUCGGGAACGUGGUUAGCCGCGGCGUGCCAGGACGUUGCUUCUGUUGGUGGUCAAAUAAUCGGCCAGUCUCUUGACGAAUCCGUUCCAGCCAACGCGACCUAUCUCGUCGAGGUUUCGCUUGAAGAAAUUGUCGAAAGCUGUCCGGUCGAUCUCGUCGAUGUUUCGCUUGACGAAUCGUUCGAGGAGUUCUCGAUCGGUGGGAAGGAGCGCGAUCGACUUGCUGCGAACACAAAAAGGAAAAACGUGGAACAACGAGAGAGUGACGGCGGUGGAAGGUCGAGAAUUCACGCGAAUUCACAUUUUCGAAUAACUUGACAUAGAUAUUUAUAAAACAUAUUCCUUUAAUCACUAUUUCAUUAACUUUGUGAUGAAAUUUUUUACACAAAUUUGUCAAUCAACAAGUUUAUUUGUUCGUAUAUAUUCUGUUUAAUAUACUUUUUCAUCAAUUCAGAUCAUACAUUGGUAAAACUUUUAAUUUUCGUUAUUCUACAUUAAGCAGAAGAGGAUAAAGUGUUUAAACUUGCUUCUUUUUUUUUUUUUAUUUCUUAACUUGUUAGACGCGUAUAUUAACAUAAAAGUAGUCUUGGUUUGUGACAAUCCUUGA